GUCGAGCUCGCCGCGGACCCAAGAUGGCGGCGUGUGGACGUGUACGAAGGAUGUUCCGCUUGUCGGCGGCGCUGCAGCUGCUGCUGCUCGCGGCUGCCGGGGCCGACAAACUCCCGGGCCAGGGCGGCCACAUCCAGGGCCAGGGCCCCGGGGCCAACUUUCUGCCCCUCGUAGGGCAGCCUGGAGGCGGCGGGCCGGCGGGUCAGCCACUGCUUCAGCUGCCUCAGUCAUCUCAGUUCCAGCAGCAGCAGCAGCAACAGCAACAGCAGCAGCAGCAGCAGCAACAGCAGCAGCAGCAGCAGCAGCAGCAGCAACAACCGCCUCAGCAGCAGCAGCCGCCUUUCCCGGCGGGUGGGCCUUCGGCCCGGCGGGGCGGAGCAGGGCCUGGCGGAGCGGGAGGAGGCUGGAAGCUGGCGGAGGAAGAGUCCUGCAGGGAGGACGUGACCCGUGUGUGUCCCAAGCACACCUGGAGCAACAACCUGGCGGUGCUCGAGUGCCUGCAGGACGUGAGGGAGCCUGAAAAUGAAAUUUCUUCAGACUGCAAUCAUUUGUUGUGGAAUUAUAAGCUGAAUCUAACUACAGAUCCCAAAUUUGAAUCUGUGGCCAGAGAGGUUUGCAAAUCUACCAUAUCAGAGAUCAAAGAGUGUGCUGAUGAACCAGUUGGAAAAGGUUACUUGGUUUCCUGCUUGGUGGAUCACCGAGGCAACAUCACUGAGUACCAGUGUCACCAGUAUAUCACCAAGAUGACAGCCAUCAUUUUCAGUGAUUACCGUCUAAUCUGUGGCUUCAUGGAUGACUGUAAAAAUGAUAUCAACAUUCUGAAAUGUGGCAGCAUUCGGCUUGGAGAAAAGGACGCACAUUCACAGGGUGAGGUGGUAUCAUGCUUGGAGAAAGGCCUGGUGAAGGAAGCAGAAGAAAAAGAUCCCAAGAUUCAAGUCUCUGAACUCUGCAAGAAAGCCAUUCUCCGGGUGGCUGAACUGUCCUCAGAUGACUUUCACUUAGACCGGCAUUUAUAUUUUGCCUGCCGAGAUGAUCGGGAGCGUUUUUGUGAAAAUACACAAGCUGGUGAAGGUAGAGUAUAUAAGUGCCUCUUUAACCAUAAAUUUGAAGAGUCCAUGAGUGAAAAAUGUCGAGAAGCACUAACAACCCGCCAAAAACUGAUAGCCCAGGAUUAUAAAGUCAGUUAUUCAUUGGCCAAAUCCUGUAAGAGUGACUUGAAGAAAUACCGGUGCAAUGUGGAAAACCUUCCCCGGUCUCGGGAAGCCAGACUCUCCUACCUUCUGAUGUGUCUGGAGUCAGCUGUGCAUAGAGGGCGACAAGUGAGCAGUGAGUGCCAGGGAGAGAUGUUAGAUUACCGACGCAUGUUGAUGGAAGACUUUUCUUUGAGCCCUGAGAUCAUCCUGAGCUGUCGGGGGGAGAUUGAACACCAUUGUUCUGGAUUACAUCGAAAAGGCCGAACCCUUCAUUGUUUGAUGAAAGUAGUUCGGGGGGAGAAAGGGAACCUUGGAAUGAACUGCCAGCAAGCGCUUCAAACACUGAUUCAAGAGACUGACCCUGGUGCAGAUUACCGCAUUGAUAGAGCUUUGAAUGAAGCUUGUGAAUCUGUAAUACAGACAGCCUGCAAACACAUAAGAUCCGGAGACCCAAUGAUCCUCUCGUGUCUGAUGGAACAUUUAUACACAGAGAAAAUGGUGGAAGAUUGUGAACACCGUCUCUUAGAGCUGCAGUAUUUCAUCUCUCGUGAUUGGAAGCUAGACCCUGUCUUAUACCGCAAAUGCCAGGGAGAUGCAUCUCGUCUUUGCCACACCCAUGGAUGGAACGAAACCAGUGAACUCAUGCCACCAGGAGCUGUGUUCUCUUGCUUAUACAGACACGCCUACCGCACUGAGGAACAGGGCAGGAGGCUCUCCCGGGAGUGUCGAGCUGAGGUCCAGAGGAUCCUGCACCAGCGGGCCAUGGAUGUGAAACUGGAUCCUGCCCUCCAAGAUAAGUGCCUGAUUGAUCUGGGGAAGUGGUGCAGUGAGAAAACAGAGACUGGACAGGAGCUUGAGUGCCUCCAGGAUCAUCUUGAUGACUUGGCUGUAGAGUGCAGAGACAUAGUCGGCAACCUCACCGAGUUAGAGUCCGAGGAUAUUCAAAUAGAAGCCUUGCUGAUGAGAGCCUGCGAACCCAUAAUUCAGAACUUCUGCCAUGAUGUAGCAGAUAACCAGAUAGACUCUGGGGACCUGAUGGAGUGUCUGAUACAGAACAAACACCAGAAGGAUAUGAAUGAGAAGUGCGCCAUUGGAGUCACCCACUUCCAGCUGGUGCAGAUGAAGGAUUUUCGGUUCUCUUACAAGUUUAAGAUGGCCUGCAAGGAGGAUGUGUUGAAACUUUGCCCCAACAUAAAGAAGAAGGUGGACGUGGUGAUCUGCCUGAGCACCACCGUGCGCAAUGACACUCUCCAGGAAGUCAAGGAACACAGGGUGUCCCUGAAGUGCCGCAAGCAGCUGCGGGUGGAGGAGCUGGAGAUGACAGAGGACAUCCGUCUGGAACCAGAUCUGUAUGAAGCCUGCAAGAGUGACAUCAAGAACCACUGUUCCACCGUGCAAUAUGGCAAUGCUCAGAUUAUUGAAUGUCUGAAAGAAAACAAAAAACAGCUGACUGCCCGUUGCCACCAGAAAGUUUUUAAGCUGCAGGAGACAGAGAUGAUGGACCCAGAGCUAGACUAUACACUUAUGAGAGUCUGCAAGCAGAUGAUAAAGAGAUUCUGUCCAGAAGCAGAUUCCAAAACUAUGUUGCAAUGCUUGAAGCAGAAUAAAAACAGUGAAUUGAUGGAUCCCAAAUGCAAACAGAUGAUAACCAAGCGCCAGAUCACCCAGAACACAGAUUACCGCUUAAACCCUGUGCUAAGGAAAGCCUGUAAAGCUGACAUUCCUAAAUUCUGUCAUGGUAUCCUGUCCAAGGCCAAGGAUGAUGCAGAGCUAGAAGGUCAAGUCAUCUCUUGCCUCAAGCUGAGAUACGCUGAUCAGCGCCUUUCUUCAGACUGUGAAGACCAGAUCCGGAUUAUCAUCCAGGAGUCUGCUCUCGAUUACCGACUCGACCCUCAGCUCCAACUGCACUGCUCAGAUGAGAUUGCCAGUCUGUGUGCCGAAGAAGCAGCAGCCCAGGAGCAGACAGGUCAAGUAGAGGAGUGCCUCAAAGUCAACCUGCUCAAAAUCAAAACGGAAGUGUGUAAAAAGGAAGUGUUAAACAUGCUGAAGGAAAGCAAAGCAGACAUCUUUGUGGACCCAGUUCUUCAUACAGCUUGUGCCCUGGACAUUAAACACCACUGUGCAGCCAUCACCCCUGGCCGAGGGCGUCAAAUGUCUUGCCUUAUGGAGGCUCUGGAGGAUAAGCGAGUGAGGUUACAACCUGAGUGCAAAAAACGCCUCAAUGACCGGAUUGAAAUGUGGAGUUACGCAGCGAAGGUGGCCCCAGCGGAUGGCUUCUCUGACCUCGCCAUGCAAGUGAUGACAUCCCCGUCAAAGAACUACAUUCUCUCUGUGAUCAGUGGGAGCAUCUGCAUACUGUUCCUGAUUGGCCUGAUGUGUGGACGUAUCACUAAGCGAGUGACACGAGAGCUCAAGGACAGGCACCAAUGCAGGUCAGAGACAAUGGCUUAUAAAGAGUUAGCGUGGUCUCAGGGUGUGACUGGCAAUCCAACCUGAGCUUUCUGCAGGCUCAAGGCCACCUUCCCAGACAGGUUCCUUUAUGCCUCUAUGUGGAGAGGGCAUGGAAAGUUAUUACAUUAAAAGAUGGAGGCCUUUCUCCCUUUUUUCCCUUUCUAUCCAUUUGCUGCGUGCACCCACUGUAGUAGGCGUUGGCUAAAUGUACUUCGAUGAUUCAUCAGUCUUUCCCAAAUCUGAGCUUUAUAAAAGCAGUAUUCCUGGCCAACCUCCCUCGUCCCUCCAAUGUAGAGAUGACAAGUUUGGAGGAUAAAAAGGCAGCAGUGCAGGCAUCAUGGUUCAACCUGGCACAGCUUGGCUUGAGUGUGGGGCAUGGAGUCCAGUGGCUGCACAAGAGGGCAACGUGUACAAUAGGAGAUAUAUUUAUAUAAUAUAUAUUUUAUUAACCUGUUAGACAUCCACAGAGUAUUAUAAAUCAUGUGCCUAAAACUGUCCACAUAGACCAUGUGCCCUUCCUUGCCCUGCCCCUCUUUGCCACUGUCACACGUGCUACGGGACCUACCCAACAUUUGUCUUCCCUGAAAUGUGUUCAGUACAAAGUGGGUCAGUUUGUGGGUCAGUUGAUCCAAAUAACUCCUUGUCUCACCUGACUGACAUAUAUUUGAAUACUGUGGUUUUUCUCCUUUUUCUUUCUUUUUCCUUUUUGCUGCCCUUCCUGGAGGCAGUGGGUUCCAGAAGCCAGCUGCAUAUCCCCUGCCUAGAGUACGGCAGGUCACCAGAGGGGCUUCUAAGCUACUUGGUCCCUUCAGUCCUGCUCUUAGGGUCUUCCUGAUUCUCAGCAGCUGUCCUGGGAUUCUUCAGUCUCAUAAAACUUGAAAUUCUUGGGGUUUAAGCACCAACCCCCUACUACCACCCCUGUUGGACUGAGUUGAGCUAGUCUAGAUAGUCCACCUCCAGGGGUUCCUACCUGGAUGGUAGGGGCUUGGGAUUGAGAACUGGGGAUGUCAUCUAAACACAGGCCUCCACUGACAUGUCUCAUGUGGUUUACAGAAUAGAAUAAAUGUUCCCCAUCUGAAGAGUCUAAAGGUACUAUUCUCCAUCUCUGCAGUCUCCCUCCCAAUAUAUGUAAAACAUCUCUGUAGUUUAAUGUGUUUUGAUACUUUUGUUCUUUCUGAACUGGGAGAUGAUCUCAGUUUCUGCAGCAGAUCUGGAAGUUUGAAAAGGAGUUUGAUUCUCAAAACAUUUGUCACCUUUAGAAAUGACCCAAAUAGACAUAAAAGAUAAGUCUGCCCAUAUCUUGGAUUGCUCAUUGCUAGAAAGCAUAUCACUUUCCUGCUUAGAUUGCUUUCAUAUGACUGGUUCUUGAGAGUCCCAGGUCGUAUCUUGAACAGUUUCCAACAUCCAAGGGGCCAAGCAGCACCUGAACCAGUGGCCACGCUCUAUCCAUUCUGUACCUCAUUUGGUGUAACAAAACAGGUGCUGGGGCACCUCUGGCUACUGUCUUCAUAGGUACCUCUUGGGUAAAUCAGCUAGUCAAGAACUAGUCAGGAAGAAGAAACCAUGGCCCUAGUGGAGGAGCUGAUGAUGAACUUCGUCCUUUACCUGUUCUCCUGACGUCUAGCCCACGUUCAGUAACAUAAGCAGCAGGUAGGGUUUUUGGCCAAGGCCAAGGCUCCAAGCACUUGCUAAAGAUUACAGUAGCUAGGGAACCCAUCCGGUCUCAUCAGCUCAUUCCAGUGUCUCAGGGACUCAUACUCAGUGUGCUCUAUGACACUCCAGAGGCACCAGGAGGUCAGUCUUCAGGCAGGAGGCCCUGCAGUGCAAGGAAUCCAAAGUCUGGGUAGAAUGUCAAGAACAAGGGUGACUGCUCCCUCUAACGGAGCUUCUUGCACACAAGGGUGGCUCUGGGCAUGAGACCUUGAUGCGGCUGCAUCCCUGGCCUUCCUCUGCUAUCGCUGCUGUCCCAAGAGAAGACUGCUGGCAAGAUGCACCGAGAUGGAGCCAUAGCACAGGCAUGGGUUCACUCCAGCAGGAAAGCCCUCCUCAGCGUUCCCUAAAAUUGGUACCACUACCAGGCCCAGUUCUGUGGCUCCUGUCAGCUUGUUCUGAGCCAGUGCAUGCUUAGAAGCCAGGGGAAUUCUCGCAUUUAGUGAGCAGGUGUUGACUUGAAUCCAUUGUAGGCCUGUGGCUACCUCACAUCCUGCACUUACUCUUCUCGGGGUCACUGGGGAGGGAGGGAGAUUCUACUUUUCUAGAAGAUGCGACAGAAAAUUGCCAUCAGAUUUCGUUUCUCCCCAUUUUCCGAGGUCACGUAAUAGGAGAAUGCAGUGGUAAAGAGGUUGUAGCAUCCAUGUACAUCAGAGUGCUGACUUCCCUCUGCCUUCCCAAGGGAAGGUUCACCCUUGUAUAUGAGUGUGACUUCUGCUCCACCUCUAAGCUAUUGGCGCCACUUCUCUCUCAAAGAUCCCUACUAGCGUGAGUCACUUGGGGAGGAGGAGAUUGCUUUGUUGGGCCUCUUUAGCUGGUCUCAAGUUCCUCUGAGAAAAGCCUCCGCUUCCCAUUUCUUCCCCUCCCUCACCAAAAAAUAAACUUUCUCCAUAUAUAGUUUAUUUUAAGCAAGCAAAUACAGAGUAGGAAGCAGGAAUAAAGACCCUUAGAAGCCAGCCAACAUAACCUGACCCAUUCUAACUAAAUUUUGGCCACAGAACAAAAAGAAUAUGGCUUUUUGAAUCAUGUGCAUUUUGGUAUGUUUACUUGUAUUUCACAUUCUUCAGAAUUUGAAAAAUCUCAAAGACUCCUUUUAUUUAUUCUCACCAUUUGGGCAGCACUUAAGUAGUUUUAUAAAAUGCAGUGUUCCAGUGCCCUGAGUUUACCCUGGUCCUUAGGGACACUCCACUCCUGAAUCACCUCUUCCCCACUAGUCUUUGAUUCCCAAAAGGCCUGGAGCCAGAGCUGAUGUUCUGGCCUCUCUCUCUCUCUCACUUGUCUUUGGCUGGUCAUCUCUCCAACUACUCUUCUCUUAGUCCUUCUCUCCACUAGGAUCAGGGUCACAUGUCAGGGCAAUUGAGUUUGAAGCCAAAUCCCCCUUCCUCCUCAGACCUCAGACAACAGAUAAGUCCUCAGCAAACCCAGACUGACUAAAGUGACAGGCUCUCCGAGCCAAAUAGUGACAUCACUGUGGAGACCAUCUGGAGCACAAAGGUGGGACGGUCUCCUCUGGCUGGUGGUGACAGGAUCCUGACAGUGGUUUCCUCAGCUCCUCCUUCCCGAGAUCCUCCAGGACGCACAGGUAGGGAUAUUGGGAAGCAUGCAUUGGAGGAAUGUCCCUGAGCAAGGAGAAGAUUCAGAUAGUGCCUCUAUAUUCUGUUUUGCCUUCCCCCCAACAUAGAGUUGACACUUGGACCCCAGAGCCCAGCAAGCCCUAUACCAUGCAUGUGAGGAUGGUUUGAACAGGUCCCCCGGUCAGACUGCAGUGCACUGGAUGGAGGGACCAUAGGAGAGCUGGCUUCCUGAGCCACUUCUCCCAGCACAAGGUUCCCAGGUCAAUCCAAGCAGGAAAACAGACUGUACAACAGAUACUGUGUGAGAUCUUAGGCCUUUAACUGUUUUUUUUUUUUUUUAAGAAAGAAGGAAAAGUAAAAUUAACAAGCCUCUUUUGUAAAUGGUUUUCCUUUCUAUGUAUAAAAUCCCGGCAGUUCCUUGUUUUUACAUGUUCAUGCUGUGUAAUUUUGAGAUGUUACUGAGAUUCUGAACAUAAUGUGCAUUUUUUUUCUGUACAGAUGAAAUGGGAGAAUUUAAUAAAGAGUUUGCAGGUUUUUACUUGUUAAA